UGCUUCUGAUUGGCUGUGUUUUGUACAUUUUGCCAGAUGAGAAAAAGUGAAAACCAAUCUUAUUGUGCACGACAAUGCACCCCAUCUUGCGAACGUUUCGACGGGAAUUGCAUGCGUUUCCCGAGCUUGGGUUCAAAGAAACCCAAACUCAGAGCCGCGUGAAGCAGUUCCUGAUGGAGCAUGCAAAGAUCCCCGAGGGGAGCAUCCGUCCUUGUGCCACCACAGGCCUUGUCGUGGACAUCGAGUCGUCAUCGUCCGUUCCCUCCACUUCUUCGAACAACGUAACCUGCAUCGCGUUACGAGCUGAUAUGGACGGUCUCCCCAUGACAGAGAACAAUCCACAUCUGCCGUACCGCUCGCAGAACGCCCAAUGCGCCCACAUGUGCGGCCACGACGGGCACAUGGCCACGCUCGCCGGAGUUGCCAUGGUGCUAUAUCCCCGUCGUCACCUCCUUCCCCAAGGCACUGUCGUUCGCCUUCUCUUCCAGCCGGCAGAAGAAGGGCCCGGUGGCGCCGUUCCCAUGAUCGAAGGAGGUUGCCUCGACGGCGUCGACGAAGUGUACGGGUACCACAACUAUGGGUUUCCGGUCGGCAACGUUCACGUCCGGAGCGGCCCAGUGAUGGCGCACGAGCAAGAAUUCUCCAUUUCCAUCACUGGCAAGGGUGGUCAUGGCUCUGCGCCGCAUCUGUGCGUCGACCCCAUCAUCGUGGCCACCCAAAUCGUGACAGCGCUCCAAACCAUCGUCAGCCGGAGCCUGUCGCCGUACGCGAGCGCGGUGGUGUCUGUCACGACGCUCCACGCCGGCGAGACGUCCAACGUGAUUCCGUCCACGGCGACUCUCGGUGGCACCAUGCGCGACUUUGACCCGGCCGUCGCCGCCACCCUCCGCCGCCGCAUGGAAACCAUCGUCCACGACACAUGUCACAUGCAUGGGGCGGAGGGGACCGUGACCCUCGUGGAGAGCUACCCGACGGUGAUCAACACCCCGCUGCAGACCCAAGUGGUGCAGCAAGUGGCGGCGACCGUGCGCGCCGUCGUGUCGGAGGACGGACUGCCCAUGAUGGCGGCAGAGGAUUUCGCCUACUACCUCGAACAGCGCCCCGGGUGCUUCUUCUUCCUCGGGACCAAACAAGCUCAAACCGAGCAAGGGCGGGACCUACAUUCCGACUCGUACGACUUCAACGACGACGUGCUGCCGCUGGGUGUGCGCAUGUUUGUGGGGCUGGUGGAGCAUCGGUUUGCAUGCAGCAUCGUCGCGUCCGAGCCCGAGUGGACUGCGCUGUUUCGGUAGUAGUACUAGUUAGUAUUAAUACUUAGUUGGUAAGAAUAGUACAGGUUGCCGUUGAAAUCAAAAGCUCGUGGGCGCCAUACGAUAGAUAGGCCUGUGCAAAUUGCCUGUUAAAAGAUAACACGUAUGUCCACUGAUAAUCGA